AAUCUCAGCCAUUCUGAAUGUAAAACAAAACUUGUCAUUAUCACAUUACUGUUGCAGACUGACUGAUGCCUUUCCUAAUUUAUGGAAGUAACUACGUAAAGACAACACUUAAGUCCAGGAUGUUCUGAAGGUUGUGAGAAGGUGCUGGAAAUUGGACCUUUUCAGUCCAGACUUGCAUUGCAGGGCCGACCACAGCAGAUCAGCUCCACUUCCUCGCUUUCUGCUGCUCUGUAUCAAUGGGUGAACAGCAUAUCAACACUUGAUCUUACCUCAUGCCAAUACUUGCAUUUCCAGCAGAUGUCACCGCGUAUCCUGUCCUGUAUCAGUGAGCGGGUUUAAACCUAGGAAUCGGAACUCUAGGUCAGUGUGAUGGCUAAUGAGAAGGUGUUCCUGCUGAAUCCCUUGGUGGGUGAAGAGGGGAUGAAAUCUCACCACAUGGUUCAAGGAAAUGUAGCGCCGGGCUGUACCCAUCGACACUGGUAUCUGUGGAUAUCGAUUCCCGCCAUGAUACUUCUUCUCGGUCUAAAUGCCUCCUGGUCUCACCAUUGGUGGACAGUCGGGCACUCUGCCAGCAGCUGGGCAGAGGCUCCAGAGAGGGAAGUGCGCCAUGUGCAACCCUGGAAUAGGCAGGAGGGUGGACGGAGAGAUCUUGACAGCUGCUCCCGGAUCCCGGAAAGCCGCAGGUUUGACUGUUACCCCGAAAGAGACCGAGUGGUCACCCAGGAGCUGUGUGAGCAGCGUGCCUGCUGUUUUAUCCAGGUACCCCCAAAUCUAGCUGGGGUGCCCUGGUGCUUCUACCCACCCAACUUUCCGAGUUACGCCCUGAGGAACCGGACCCUCACAGAGCUGGGCGAAGCCGGAGAGCUGCUGCGAUGGAAUAAAACCUACUACCCACGAGAUGUUUUCAAACUUCAACUCAACGUGAUGUUUGAAGCCAACAGCAGACUUCACAUCCAGAUAAAUGAUUCUUCAAAUCCACGAUAUGAGGUUCCCAUUGAUGUUCCCAAGGCAACUCAGAAAGCUAAGAACCCAUUGUAUUCUGUGGAAUAUUCUGUGGAUCCAUUUGGAAUCAUCGUGAAGAGGAGAUCGACAGGGACAGUGCUGUUAAACACGACAGUGGCUCCUCUGUUCUUUGCUGACCAGUUCCUGCAGAUGUCGACCCUGCUGCCUUCAGUUCACAUCUAUGGCCUUGGGGAACACCGGGCCGGUUUCCUGCAGAGCGUCCAGUGGAACACUUUGACUUUCUGGGCCCGUGACAGUGUGCCAAGGGAGUUUGUUAACCUCUAUGGGGUCCACCCCUUUUACCUGUCUCUGGAGCCCGAUGGAAUGUCACAUGGUGUUUUCCUCCUCAACAGCAAUGCAAUGGAUGUGGUCCUCCAGCCUGCUCCUGCCCUGACCUGGAGAACUAUUGGAGGGAUUCUUGACUUCUACAUAUUCAUGGGCCCUGACCCUAAUUCAGUCAUCCAACAGUACCUAGAGGUCAUCGGUAUGCCAGCGAUGGUGCCUGCUUGGGGCCUUGGAUUCCAUCUCUGCCGCUGGGGAUACGGGUCAAGUAACACCACUUGGGAGAUAGUGAAGCAGAUGAGAAAAGCUGGCAUACCCCAGGAUGCUCAGUGGAAUGAUAUUGAUUACAUGAUUGAUUUUCGGGAUUUCACCUUUGACCCUCAGAACUUUGCCACCCUUCCUCAGAUGGUUGCAGACCUGCACUCCCAUGGACAGCAAUAUGUCAUGAUUGUGGACCCAGGAAUCAGCAGUGUUCAGCCAGCAGGUUCCUACUGGCCAUAUGACGAAGGUCUAAAGCAAGGAGUUUUCAUCAACAAUACGUCUGGAAGCCCUCUGAUCGGGAAGGUGUGGCCUGGAUUGACCGCAUUCCCUGACUUCACAAAUCCCAACACGCACCAGUGGUGGUUCAAGAAUUUGCUGCAGUUGCACAAAGCUGUGCCCUUUGAUGGGCUCUGGAUUGAUAUGAAUGAGCCCUCAAACUUUGUGGAUGGAUCGCAGGCUGGUUGUCCUUCGAAUGAACUUGAAAAUCCACCAUAUGUCCCAGGAGUACUAGGUGGCACUUUACGUAGUCAAACCAUUUGUGCCUCGGCAAAACAGAGUGCAUCAACACACUAUAAUGUACACAGUCUAUACGGGCUCAUGGAGGCCAAAGCCUCUGCAAGUGCUUUAAUUAAAAUCCGUAAGAAACGUCCAUUUGUAAUUUCCCGAUCAACAUUCCCAAGUCAAGGCAGGUAUUCUGGACACUGGCUGGGAGACAAUGAGAGUAAAUGGAAGGACAUGCACUUUUCAAUUGCAGGCAUUCUGAACUUCAAUAUGUUUGGCAUUCCUCUUGUGGGAGCAGAUAUUUGUGGAUUUAGGGGGAGUACCACUGAGGAAUUGUGUAUCAGAUGGAUGCAACUUGGUGCUUUCUACCCAUUCUCCCGAAACCACAAUACAGAAAAGGAGAAGGCUCAGGACCCUCUGGCUUUCAGUGAAUCUGCUCAGGAUGCAAUGAAGCGUACUUUCUUUAUCCGCUACUCGCUGCUCCCAUACCUCUACACACUUUUCCAUCACUCACAUGUUUUCGGAGAAACAGUUGCCAGAGCCAUUCUUUUUGAGUUUCCUGAAGAUCGAAACACCUACUCCAUCGACAAACAGUUUCUAUUGGGUAGCAGCCUCCUCGUUAGCCCAGUGUUAGAGCCGGGGGCAGUCACUGUGAUGGCAUACUUCCCUAAAGGAGUUUGGUAUGACUUUUACACAGGUUCAGCCUUCAGUAGCACAGGAGAAUAUGUCAAACUUUCUGCUCCUCUGGACACCAUCAACCUACAUCUUCGUGAGGGAGCUAUUGUCCCCACACAGGCACCUGCCACAACCAUCUGGGCGAGUAGUGGGAACCCUCUUCACCUGUUGGUGGCUCUUUCCCAGGAUGCAUCAGCAAAGGGCUACCUCUUCUGGGAUGAUGGGGAGAGCCUGGAUACUUAUGAGAGAAACGAUUACACUUAUGUUGAAUUUGCUGUGGACAAGAACCAACUGAUCUCCAAAGUGGUCCAUGUGAACAUUGAGGCUACUUACAUUAAGGUGAACACCUUAAGUGUCUAUGGAGUCAAGUUUCGACCAUUGAAAGUUAUUGUAAAUCAGCAGCCAGUUUCCUUUUCCUAUUCUUCAAACCAGGUUCUGACAGUUGACAAUCUCCAUCUCCCCCUUGAGAAAGAGUUCCACAUCUCAUGGUCAUAACACCUUGGAGAAAACUUCAGAGUGAGCAGACAUCCUGCUAGGCAGACCAGGCCUGUGCUUGCCUCCUGUAUGAAGCAAUACAAACCUUCUGGAAAUAUACAGCAGACCAGUUAACAGCUGACAACAGAAAACAAGGGUGGGCUUUUGGGUGUGCACCUUUUUUGAAAGAGGCCCAUUCUUCCAAAGCAGCUCUAUGCAAACAUACUCAAACAUAAUUUCCAUUCAGGUUGAGUCUUUAAUUAAAUAAGGAUGUCCUACAGCCAGUGAGUUUUGAAAAUCUACUUUGAAUGUUUUACUCAUGUUAUCUGAUCUCUGGUGUCUUUCCGGAAUCUGUGGUUUUCAGAUUCUGGUUCUUUUCUUCGCUCCUUCAUUUCACUUUACUUCCUUAUUUCCCUUUCCCCAUCAAAUUAUGUUCAAUUUAACUCUGUAUUGCUUGGCAAAGUUGAUAUUGAGGUGAUUCUGGUGUUGAUGUGUAAAAUAAGGCCUUCCACGGUAGCCUGUUGUGUAAACGAGAAUAAAUGAAAUCUCUUUGUCUUCCAUUCAUCAGGACAUAUGGAUAAAAGUCAAAUUUCAAAAGAAGCAACAAAUUAUAUUGCAUGAAGAAAGCAUAUUGAUUGGUCAGAUUUGAUGAGUUGAGGUACUGACAUGGAGAAUGCAUUAGUGAUUAUUGUUCACUCUGAUGAGCACAAGUUGAAAAGCUUUGACAACAUAUCACUUUUCAACAGAACUACUAAUCUACUACUAAUCAGUUCAAUCCCUGCCCUUUAGCUGUGCUCACUUACUUGCUAAAACAAGUAGUGUAAACACUUGAUCAAAUAGGGAAAGAUCUCUUGUAUUUUAAAAUAAGCGAAAUAAAGGUUUGAUGUGGAUACACUAAGUCAUUUUGAUUUGACUCCUUUUUUACCCUGUGAACUCAAUGGAACUAUACAAGAUGAAGUGUUAUGGUGAAAGAGUGAUGGAAACAGUUUCAAAGCUUUCCAAAGGGGGUUGGUUAACUACUUGAAGGGAGAAAAUGUUCAGGGCUGUACUGAAAGGAUAGAGGAAGAGAGAUCAGGGGAAUCAUAGCUCUUAAAAGACCUAUAGAUGUGAUCAACUUAGGUUUCCAGAAGGCAUUUGACAAGGUGCCACAUUGAAAGUUGCAAUGCAAAAGAAGAGCUUGUGGAGUCAAGGCUUGUUAUAUUAGUUUAGAAGAUUUUUAGGUGUAACAGUCAGUGUGCCAAAGGAAUUCAUGCUGGAGUCUCAGCUGUUUACCAUUUAUGUCAAUAACUUGAAUGAUGGCACUAAAAGUAUGAUUAAGAAAUUUGCUGAUGACACAAAGACAGAGGAGCAAGUUGUGAAGAAACCUAAGAAGAAUGCAAAUUGAUAUAGUUGGAUCAGGUGAGAGGGCAAACAUUAGGCAAGGGGAGUACAAUAUCAGAAUAUUUGAACUUGUCCACUUUAACUUGAAGAAGAAAUCAUUGUGAAGUGGGAGAUGGCAUGGGACAGGGUGACAUUAGGCUCACGGAUACACAAGAUGGCAAUGGACCACAAAAUGGAGAGAGACAGCAAACACAGAUACUGCCUGGAGCCACCAGAAUGCCAGCACAAUGCACUCACAACCUAGUUGAUUAAGGCAGGUGGGGAAGAGAAUACACAUGUGUAGCAUAUACUGCCUGCUGAAGUAUCUGGGUCCAGCCAACACCUUUGAUAGAAAUGCUAACAGUUUGAUACAGACUCAAUAUAUGGAUGAUAAAAGCCAGGGCUGCAGUAAUUGCCGUUCUCAGGAAGGGCGAUUAGCGCUCAUUACUACAGCAAUGGACUUCAGCGCAGACAUUGAAACUGACAAUAUCUGCACUGAAACUGACAACGACCGCACUGAAAUUAACAAAGGCUGCGCUGGAACUGACAAUGACUGCAGUGAAGCUAUCAACGAUUCUGCAAUGUUUACAAUAAACAAACUAUGUUACAGAGACAAUAACCUCAUCACUCACCUAUUAUAUCACAAAAUGUAUAAAAGUAUCUUGACAUGUGCUCCGUGCUGAGAGAAGACUCGCAGCUGACCACUGUGCUGUUGGUGUCUUUCUCU